CGCUUGGAUCAAGCGCACAGACACUGGCGGCCAGAAGCUUCACACACUCUGAUGGAGGAGCAGUGAUGGAGAAGCAAAGAAGAUAGAAGUAGAGGAGACCAGAGUGGAGGAGCAGGUGCAUCCCAGAGGAGAAUGGGCAACUCCUCCUUCCCAGGCAUGUCUCCUCUCUCUCCAUCCGUUCUGUAGUUGCAGGUCGAGAGAAGAGAAAGGCUCCCAUGAUCUCAGCUGGUGAUGCAGACUUCCCGCGGGACUACCACACGCUGGCUGCAGGUGGUGGUCGCGGGGCCAGGCGGUUCCUUGACAACAGCAAUGGCGGCUUCACGUCGUCCUCGCUGGACCGCCGACACAAUUCUGUGGCCGCCAAGAGCCUGGAGGCCCUGAACAGCAUCCAUAAGGCCGACAUAGAGCGCCAGAGAGAUGCUCUACUGGACCUGCAGAAGAACAAGUUCUCCAACAGUCCAGGUGGAUUGUCCACCAGCUCUGCUCCUGGAGGACGACAGACAAACUACUGGAGCUUCAAGACUCGUACUCCUCGCGUGACUCGCCACAGUCCGCCACAGCCGGCUUUAGCAGACCAGUCGAGCAGGGUUACCUUCUCCUCUGCCGAGAAUCUGGAAACCAUGUCGGAACCGGACAUUCCAAUUGGAUUCAACAGGAUGAACCGGCUUCGCCAGAGUCUGCCACUGGCCCGGUCCUCCAGUCAGGCCAAGCUGCGUGCACCAGGCAUCUUGUUCCUCCAGCUGGGGGAGGAGACCCGGCGGGUUCACCUGACACAUGAGUUGACAAGCUUGGAGACACUCAGAGCUCUGAUCGUCCACAUGUUCCCUCAGCGACUGACUAUGAACAUGCUCAGGUCUCCCAGCACAGCUUUGCUCAUCAAAGAUGAGACUCGCAAUGUUUUCUAUGAGCUGGAAGACCCCAGAGAUGUGCAAGACCGCUGCGUUAUCAAGAUCUAUUGCAAAGAACCGGUCUACGGUACCUAUCCGGGUCACCCGCACAUGGCUAAUGGAGACCUGAGGAGGGAGAUGGUCUACGCUCCGCAGGACUCGACACGUCGCCUCAGCAACCCCCCCAUGUCCUCUCAGCAUUCCUCUCCGCCGCCGGGAUCACCAUCCCGCACCCGCCUCCUUUAUAGUGGUGGCCGACCAUCCUCGUAUGCCGGACCGCCUCACCACACUCACUCCUUGCCUCACCCACACUCUCAGUCCCACCAUUCCUCCCCACACCAGCAGGCCCAUCAUCCCCCGCAGGCCUUCUGCGCCUCCUCCAGUGCCAUCCUGGAGCGCCGGGAUGUAAAACCAGAUGAUGAAGUGGGCGGGUCACGUAGCAUGGUGCUUCUGCGGGGAGAUGACCGCAUCUAUGCAGACCCCUACUCGCUGGGUUCGGAGUCCACUCGGCUGAGUCUGGCUGGUGGGCCACACUCGCCUCUUCCGGCCAGAGCCGAUCCAUAUGGCUCCUUGUACCGGCGCGGAGGUGGUGCGGGGUCAGUGCGCUCGCUGACUUCCUACUCAGCAGCGGCUUUACAAGGAGAGUUAAUUGAAAGUGGAGCCCUCUACAGACCGGGAGGACCACUUUAUAAUGAAGCCUAUGCUGCGUCUAUGCUAGCGAUGGGCCUUCGGGUCCCUCCCCCAUCAUCCCCUCAGAAAAUUCCUGAUAUGAGGGACUCAUAUGGUGGCACACUGCCAGCGCGUGGCUCCCCUGGGAGGCAGAAUCUCCGCAGGGACUCUGUGACAUCUUCUGUUUUUGGAGACAGUCCGAAAGCCAGAGGGCAGGGUCCAGUGAUUGGACUCACCUCAGAGCAACUCUGCCUGAUGGGACCAGGAGGUGAAAGUGUAACUGGAGGAUUUGCCUCGCCGCUGCUGGGAAGUGAAGGGGAGACCCGGGAGAGGAUGGAGGUGAUGGAGAAGCAGAUUGCAAGUCUGACUGGAUUGUUGCAGCGAGUCCUGAACCGAGCGCCAGAAGUUGAGAGCCCGGAGAAGAUGGAGUCUGCUAGUGACUGUUCAGGAAAUGACCCUGGACGAGCUAAGAAGUCGACAGCACUGACACCGUCCGCCCCCCUGGCCUUGAUGCCCCCUCCUCCACUGGGAACCAAUCAGCCGGCAGUGAUGUCGCGAAUGCAGAUGCAGCUGCGUCUGCAGAGCCUGCAGCAGAACACCAAUGCUCUGCGGAAGCAACUUUCCCAACUGCGAAACAUGCAGUUGGAGAACCAGGACUCAGUGUUGGCCCUGCUGAGGCAGACAGAGUCAGAGCUGAACCUCUUAAUGCUGGAGGCCUCUCGGACUCAGGAGGACCCUCUACAGAGACAGCGCCUCCUUGUAGAGGAGGAGAGACUCAAGUACCUGAACCAGGAAGAGCUGUUGAUCCAGCAGCUGCAUGAUCUGGAGAAGUCUGUGGAGGAGCUGCAGAGGAACUCUUCUGUUAAUCAUGGCCUGGUGACAGAGCAGGAUGUAGAGCAAAAGAUAAAGGAGCUGAGGAUGCUGGGAGAGACGCUGACACAGCUGAAAAACCAGUUCCCCAGCCUGCAGAGUAAGAUGCGGGUGGUAUUGAGGGUGGAGGUGGAGGCAGUGAAGUUCCUGAAGGAGGAGCCUCAUCGCCUGGACGCACUGUUGAAACGAUGCAACAGCAUGACAGAUGCACUGUGCACGCUGCGAAGGCAGGUGAGCGAGGGUGUGUGGAAGAGUCAUGAUGAUGUCUGUAGCCAGAUAUCCAAGAGAUCAGAAGACCUGAACCUCCUGGAAAGUCCAUCUCUCAGCCUCACUGACCUCAGUAGCAGCUCAAGCCUGGCCAACUGGACCCCUGCACCCACUGCUGCCGAGCCAGAUGUGUCAGGCCCUGAGCAGGAUGUGCAGACAUCCGUAGCCUUCAGGAAUCGAGUGCUCGAUGAGCUGCCGAGUAGACGCCCAGCUGAUAAAGCUGCUGAAGUCCGACUGGCGGCAGAGCGGGACUGGGAGGAGAAGCGGGCCAGCUUGACGCAGUUCAGUGCUCAGGACAUCAACCGGCAGCUGAUGGAGACUCAGGCAGAGCUGAUGAAGGCUAUUCCUGAACUGGACUUUGCUGCUAAGCAAAUAAACAAACCUGUUGUUCCCCCAAAACCUCAGAUCACGAUCCCGCUGACCUCCACUACUCCCUCCGCCUCUGCAGCCGGCUCAAGCGGCCCCACAUCCUCUAACUCCAUUGGAGAUCAGCAGCCCAACAAAGUCCAACUAGCCGCCCAGAAGCUCAACAACAUGGAGGGGUCUGGGUCACACCGAGGGUCAUUGGAUUUGGGUGUGGCUAAAUACCGGACAGAGAAGCCAUCCAAGUCUCCGCCUCCACCUCCUCCUCGCCGGAGUUUCCCUUCAGUACAUGGACUCACAACCAAUCGGACUGGUGAGGUUGUUGUCACCAACAAGAUUUCGAAGAGUGAAGAAGACGGAGAGGCCCCUAAAACUCUUGUCAAGCUGCGUCGGCCUUCCUCUGACACCCCGCGCCCCGCCUCUACACCCCCGGUGAUUGCAGCGUCAGCGAUCCAGGACGAGGACGAUGAAGAGAAGAUCAUUGCUGAACUUGAGAAUAGCACCCAGUCUCCAGGGCCGACCAGGGGCCCUACGGUAGCAGCUCGUCUGAAGCACCUACAGCAGGGAAGUCUGGAGAGACCAAAAACCCGGAAGCAGAAAGACGAUUUCCCCAAAGUCCAGGGCCAGCAGCAGGUAUUCCACUUCUAAACCCUACUGACUUCUGCAGCACCCCCUGGAGGACGAACUGUAAAGACUGAUGGGAGGGGCCACAAUCCCCAAACUUAGUGUUCAGUUCUUGAUGUGCGUUUUGACAUUUGAGUUACUGGAUACGUAGUAGCUCGUCUAGAGGUUUCUGUCGUAGCUUCUUAGAUGAUCUGACUUCCUGAUCAAGGAACUGACCAAAUCAGAGUUGGUUGUGUGACGAUGGUGCGCCCGACGACACUGUCAUCUUUUCGUUUCCUUGCCUUUCUUUCGUCAUCCCAUCUUCCUCCCACAAUUUUUGUCACUCUCUCCAUUGGCUGCUUGUGGGAUCUAACUGAAUCGGUCUCAACGUCAGAAGCACAUGAAGAGGCAUGAAUGGAUGAUGGAAGUGGGUGUGGUCAAUGUUCACACGGGGGCGUGGUCUGUUCAAAAUUAAAUAUCAGACAGAAUUGCUUUUUAACAGAGCAGACUAAACUCAAUCAAUCUAAAACUGAUUUAUAACGUUUAUGAGAGAUCAAAAUAAAAAUAAUAUUUUAGCUUUUUUUUCAGUCAAAGUUGGACAUGCACCUUUUAAGAACAAUGCUCUGCUGCACAUAAGGAAAUCUUUCAAAUCUUUACUGAAAACUCUUUCAGAAAAGCAUUUAAAUACGAAGAUGAGUGUGCAGUUUUUUUUUCUUGCGUCCCUGCCGUGAACUAAGACACCACGUGGUGAGGACAUCAAUCGCCAAUCGCUGCAGUAUCACAAGCCACAAAGUACUUUCACCUUCUGUUGCCGCUCCCACUGAGCACACGGGUCCCAGCUUUGGGCUCGGACCCAUUCUCCAGGUUAUAAUGGAGGUAGUUGUCGUUUACAUUGCUGCUACUAAACCUUGUAGUCCAUUUUUAAUGCUGGUGGAUGAGAAUCAGGUGAAAGUGGGAACAUCUUGACUAACAUUUGUCAGUUGGUAAAUAUUGGUUUUUGUCUUCUCCCUCCUCUUUUUCUUCGCUGCUUCUCCAUGUUUAAUUUUUGCUCCAGCGCUGAGCUGCCUCCGCUCGUCCUCUGUUGCUCUCCAUCUUCUGUCUGCUCCUCAGGUCCAGGACUAACUCUGGUCUGCCCGCAGAUUCAUUAAGCCUCACUUUUACACCAGGGAGGUUCAAAAAGUCUGGAUCUUUUCGUCAGAGCUAGGCUGCAUGAUGUCACGGAAACAUGACAACACAUGGAGCGUCAUUGUGGCGACGUAAGUCAACAAAUAGUUUGUUUUGACUCCAGCACGGGUAUUAUGCGGUCAUAAGCGUUGCACGUUUAUGUUCAGCAGUUCAGCUACAUUAGCAGGCUAGCAGUGUCAGUAUACUGUCCAAUUCACCGAUGUUGAACCACUUACUGCAUUAACACGUAUCUUACUAGCUUACCAGCUAGUCCGUUAACUAUAUAUCCUGUGUUCCAGUUUCCUCGGAAAUGGUAAGUCAAUAACUGGGAAUCACGUCACACUCGAGUUCAGCAUGUUCCACUUACCAAAGCAUAAACAGUGUGGCAGCAAUUGAUCGGGAUAGCAUUAGCCACUGUUAGCACGGUCUGCAUACGCCACAACAGCGUGAAAAUGUGAAAUUACACUGCAGAAACAUUUGCAUAUGUAGGUGUUGAAGAGCACAAUGUAUUCGACCGAUUUCAAGAAAGAAAAAAGUUGAAUAUACAUAACGUUACAGUAGCCCGACUCAUUGUGUACACGCCGAGCAGCCAUAUUGGUUUGCGCGCUCGGGAUGGUGAGAAUCCUCCCACCACCUGACUUAUAAAUCUGACUUAGAGUGACGUCAUCUGGGGGCAGAGCUGGGAAUCUCCCAGUUCCGAGGACAACUGGAAAGCAGCAAUAAGCUCCGUCGCCCAGCUAGCAACUAAGCUACAUUCAUGCUAAGGUAGCAAAAGCUAUUUUGGCUCAAGCUUUUUCAAGAGUUGGCAUUUCAGAUAUACUAACAACUUAAUAUGCUAUUAUAAUGAGAGCCUCAAGGUGGCGCUACAUUCUUUGUACUGUACCAUGUUGCAUUUAGAAAUACAGUAUGUGUGUUUGUUAUAGCACAAUUUUAGCUCUGCGGCUACGUUACAGCACUAGCACAUCAGAUAACUCUCGAUGAAAGUGUUGAGGAAAAAAUAAUGUAUUCAAAGUCUGAAGUAAAGAGCACUGAUUUAGAAAUCUAACAACUUGAAGGCACUGGACAGAAGUUUUAAGACUCAUGGCACUUCAACUAGCUUGUUAAAUAAUUAUGUGAAUGUGGCGGCGGCACGGUAACACAUAUCCUGUAGUGUCUUCGUACCAUCAGUUCAUUCACUGAACAAUGUACUGGCUUCUCUUUACAUCAGUUAAAAUAAUGUAUAGAACUAUUUUUGCGCUCAAUGCCAUUCCAGCACUAUUAUAUCAUGAACGUUAGACACAAAUAGUUUAGACAGAAAAAAAAAAAGAGUAUUGGAAUGACAAAUAAAGAGGUGCAAAAAUAAAGUAUUUUUUAAGAAUGUAUUGAAAUAGGGGAUAUCACUUCUGAAGUAUUUAUGUAUGUAUAUUAAAACCAUGUAUUUUUUAUUUUCAAGAGAUUUUACUUUCUGAACAUGUAUAAAAGAAGAAUGCCAUCUAUGUUUUAUACAAUUAUUUUGUAUUUUUAUACUUGAAGAAACUCAUGAUUCAGUUUCUCUUUUAUCCAUCCUUCGUUCUCGCUAACCGUUUACGGCACAAAGCACAUCUCCCAAAAUAUUAUUCCAGACUGUUUGUGAACCUAAAACACGUUAAUCUCUUGUGGUGGUUUCUUGAUGAACGUGUGAUUGUUUGUGGAUGUUGAACCCAUGUAGACAACCCAGAUAUUAUACCCAGAAAUUUGAUUUCCUGUGACGUUUUGAAAAGACAAUAAUCCAUAUUGGCAUGUAACAUUCCUGUCCACUUGCACGCUGGUUGGACCCAAGUCCAAUCAUUCUGUGUAAACCUGUGAGUGUACCAUAGAACUGUACAGUACGAUUUUGUAUCAUAUCCAAAUAUUGGUCGGUAAAAAAAAAAACACCACAAUAACUGUGAGACAAAAAAAAACAACAAAACAAAACAGGACGAUGAUGUUGUGAGAGUGAUGCCUGCUGUCCCGGAUAAACGUCGUGAACGAAGUUGCAGCUUCUUCAGCGGCAAGGUUGCUGCUUUUGUAUGUUCCAGUUGUGUUUUUGUGAGAAUAAAAAUAAGAAGCCUCUUAUAUACGACGCA